AUAUUCAUAUAUUCACUCGUGAUUUUGUGGCAUUAAUUUUUUUUUUGUUUUAAUAAAAAAAUUUUUCUCCAUAGCAUUUUUGUUGCUAUCAACGAUAUUGUAUUGUGAUAUUUUUCAUUAUAUUAUAAUCUGAUUUAUUUGUGGCAGAAAAAAAUUCAAUUUAGUCUUUUCAAUAUAGUCCAUUCUAGUUUUUCUUCUCUACAAAUUUUAAAUUUAUUUAUAAUCAAUCUAAUCUCAAUCAAUAAUCAACAAAAUGCCACCAUUCAUCAAAACAAAUGUCAACGAUGUACUUGACAGUGAUAUUCCAGAUUUAGAGCCAAGUGUCGAAUUAAAAGGUGAUUUAAAUGAUUUAUUGCAAGCACAAAAAAAUCAAAAGCCAUAUAAAAUACAAAUCGUAUGGCGUAAUGUAAUCAUAAUGGGUCUUCUUCAUGUGGCUGCCAUUUAUGGUGCUACAUUAUGUUUCGGUACAGCAAAAUGGCAAACGGUCGUUGCUGCAAUUCUUUUGUAUGUUUAUACUGGAUUGGGUAUUACGGCCGGUGCUCAUCGUCUUUGGUCACAUCGAUCUUAUAAGGCUAAAUUUCCAUUGCGAUUAUUUUUAGCUUUGGCACAAACAAUGGCCGUACAGAAUCACAUCUAUGAAUGGUCUCGUGAUCAUCGAGUACAUCAUAAAUAUUCGGAAACUGAUGCUGAUCCGCAUAACGCAAAACGUGGUUUUUUCUUUGCCCAUGUUGGUUGGCUUCUCUGCCGAAAACAUCCAGAGGUUAUCAAUAAAGGCAAAACAAUCAGUUAUGAUGAUCUACUUCGCGAUCCGAUUGUUGUAUUUCAACGAAGAUAUUAUAUUCCAUUGAUAUUGAUCUGUUGUUUUAUUUUGCCAACAUUGUUACCAACAUUGUUAUGGGGUGAAACAUUAUGGAAUGCAUAUUUUAUCUGUGCCAUAUUACGUUAUGUAUGGACAUUGAAUAUGACCUGGUUGGUCAAUUCGGCUGCACAUUUCUGGGGACGUCAUCCAUAUGAUAAAAACAUUCAUCCAGCGGAAAACUAUUUGACAGUAUAUGGUGCCAUUGGUGAAGGCUUUCAUAAUUAUCAUCAUACAUUUCCAUGGGACUAUAGUACUUCGGAAUUAGGAUGGCGUUUUAAUCUAACAACAAUGUUUAUUAAUGCAAUGGCUGCCAUUGGACAAGCAUAUGAUUUGAAACAAGUUUCGCCCGAAAUGAUUAUAAAACGUAAACUACGUACUGGUGAUAUCGAUACUCAUGGUAAUUACGGCCUUUAUAAUCCACCGAUGAUGAAGGAAUCGACUUCAUUGCAUCAUCGACAAGAUAACGACAAGCAACAUCAACACUAAGCAACAAAAAAAAACAGCAGCGGCUGCAAGCAACGGUGUGUUGGUUUGAAUUUUUUUUUUUAAAUCAAAACUGAUUCAAAUCAAAUCAUAUAAAUGUUUUUUGUGAGUGAAUGACCAAAAAAAAAAAAAAAAUCACAAAAAUCAUCUACAAAAAUUUCUAUUUUUUUUUGUUAUCCGUUAUAACCAGAGAAAAACUCUAUAAUUCACAAUCACACCAACCGAUGUAAAAAAAAAUGAAAGAAGUUUGAGAAUUAGAUAUGUGAUGAAUGAACCGGAACUAAAACAGAAAAAAAUUUGAAAAAAUUUUCUAUCUGUGCACACCAUACUUUCAUACACAAUACACACACAUCUUUGAAAUCUUCUUCUUCUUCUUCUUUUUUUUCUAUUAUACAGAAUUUCACCCGGUGUUAUUUUCUCCAAAUGAAUAAAUAAACAAAAAUUCUGAAGAACAA